AUGCCUGGUAGUGACAGUGGAGCCAUAUUUGCCUCUGGGAGCAGUGUGCCAGGAAAUAUAUUUGUUGUAAGCCUGGCCAUUGCAGACUUGGUAGUGGCGAUCUACCCAUACCCGCUGGUCCUGACAUCUGUUUUUCAUAAUGGAUGGAAUCUGGGCUACCUCCACUGCCAAAUAAGCGGUUUUCUGAUGGGCCUAAGUGUCAUUGGAUCAAUAUUCAACAUUACAGGCAUUGCUAUCAAUCGAUAUUGCUACAUCUGCCACAGCCUCAAGUAUGACAAGCUUUAUAGUGACAAGAAUUCUCUGUGCUACGUCAUUCUCAUCUGGAUCCUGACGUUUGUUGCUAUUGUUCCCAAUCUGUUUGUUGGAUCUCUACAAUAUGAUCCACGGAUUUACUCAUGCACAUUUGCACAAUCUGUGAGCUCACCGUAUACAAUAGCAGUAGUGUUUUUCCAUUUCAUGCUUCCCAUAGCCAUAGUUACUUUCUGCUACUUGAGAAUAUGGAUCCUUGUUAUUCAGGUACGGCGAAGGGUUAAACCUGACAACAAGCCCAGGCUGAAACCACAUGAUUUUAGAAACUUUGUCACCAUGUUUGUGGUGUUUGUACUGUUUGCAGUCUGCUGGGCUCCUUUGAACUUUAUAGGCCUGGCUGUGGCUGUCGAUCCAGACAAAAUAAUCCCCAGGAUUCCAGAGUGGUUGUUUGUGUCCAGUUACUACAUGGCAUAUUUCAACAGCUGCCUUAAUGCUAUCAUAUAUGGACUCCUGAAUCAGAAUUUCAGAAGAGAAUACAAAAGAAUUAUUGUCACCAUUUGUACAGCUAAGGUUUUCUUUCAGGAUAGUUCUAAUGAUGCAGCAGAUAGGAUGAAAACCAAACCGUCGCCACUCAUUACGAACAACAAUCAAGUGAAGGUGGACUCUGUGUGAAAAUGGGACCCUUACCAUUGCAACUCUGCAACAAACACCAGAACUGUUUUAUUAGCCACACAGUUGAAGUGCUGUAGUGAAAUGCUAGUCCUACAUGAAAGGUACUUGGACAGUGUUCUAUGUACAGUAUUUGUGAGCCAAAGUAACACAGCCUUGACAUGAAGAACCUCCUAUCGUACAAUAACAUAUCUUUCAAAUAACCCACUUAUAUGCUUAAGGUAUUACAGGGUAGCAGAAAGAAUUUUAAUGUUCUGUUUAAUAUAGAUAAUAUGUGAAACUGGAUUGGAUCUGAACUGCCAUAUUAGCUUGACUGUUUGGAAAAGCCUCAUCAAUUCCCAGCUAGUACUCCUAAAUGGUAAGGCAUAUUACGGUACUGAUCCUGACACCCCUAAAAGCUUUCAUUAAAAGAAAAAUGGGACCUAUUCAUUCCAGUGUGAGGGAAUAUGAAAAGGGAAGGGAGAAUACUUGAAAUUCUUCACUAAGAAUCUCAGUCUAUAUAUUUAUUUAAGUUUCUAUGGUAGUUAUAACUUUGUGACAAGUAAACCUCCCCACUUCUUUUAAGUAACUACACAGCCCUUGUUGAGUUCUCUUUAAAAUGUUUUUUAAAGGAGAAAUUUGCCUGUCCGAGUAUCUCAAAAACUACAAGGGUACACAGAACCACUAGGGGCAUGCUGGGGCAGGGUGGCAGGAGCACACAUGGAUUCAUCAGGAGAUUAAAGCACAUCCAAGGAAUGGGAACUCCAAACUUCCCUAAUGUCCAAGAGAAAUACAAAUGGGAGAAGCCUGGAAACCACCCAAGAGGAGAGAAUGGUGAGAUACUCUCCAAAGAUAGCAGAGAGAAAUGCCUGUUGCUCCUCUGUGACAAGGGUGGUCUAGGGAAUUGCCACGCACUAGACUUCUCCUCAGGAAACUAAAUACACUAACGAGGGGCAUCUGAGAGGAACGAGUUUGUAUUAAUCUUAUCAAAUUUACUUACUGCUUCCCAGAAUGAGUGGGUGACCUGUUCUGACCCUUGGAAGUCCCUACAGCCCUGUCUAGAAAAGCUUUUAAAAAUGU